AAGAAAACGAGUACGAGAAAAAGCUGGAAUCCACAGAGGUCUUGCUCAGAACAAAGUAACUGGCAUGUUGACAGAUUAAAACGUCUGGAUCUUAAGGCAAUCAAGCAUUCUGCAAUCAAUUAGUCAUGGCUUCUGAAGAACUUCUGAGGAAGGGUCCAUUCACGCAGUCCUUCUCUGAUUGGAUGUCGCAGAUAUCUGAAUCAUUCCAACAAGCUGGGAGUUCCAUUUCCAACAGCUUUCUAAAUCUUCGUCAAGGUGCAUCCACUCAAACAUCAAACUCUGUGGUUUCAAAUCCCUCAACAAAUGCAGAGCAAGAGGAUCAGGAACAAGACCAAGCCCUGAAAACUGACUCCGUUUUAGACUCUGACGGUGGUUCCCCAGGCACAGAAAUUGAUCUACAGCCUGAAACUGUCACAGAGUUGGAAUCUUCAGAAUACCAAGCUGCUGAAAUGGGAUUGCAUGAUAACGAAAGUGCAAUUGAUAGACUUCAGCCAGAUGCAUAUGAUUUACAAGGUGAAGACAUGGGACAAGUCACUUCAAUUUCAUACAAUGGGAUAGAUUCAACAGAUGUAACUGUUGUAAAGGCCAGUAUGUAUAGCAGUGCCGAUUUUUAUGACAACAAGCGCCUGAAUUAUCUGACUGUUAUUCCAGAAGAAGCAGAAAACCUCAAUCCUGAAGUCGGAUCUGAUCAUAACUAUGCCAAUGUGAAGUGUGAAGCAGAUUAUAAUGAAACUGAUGUGAAGUUUCAGGCAGAUACAGAUAAACAGCAUCAGUUUAGCAUCCAAGGUAAUUGUUCUGAUCAAGAAGAUCAGUUAUCCAUGGGUUCAGGCACUGCGUCUGAGGGUGGAACAGGUCAUCCAAGGGCUUCAGAUGAAACAGCUGGAACUCCGGAUAAGAAUCACGGGAAACAGCAAACUGAAGAGGGAAGUCUCGAUCAAGAGACCAACUUUGACAAUCAGGCCUAUGAAGGAAAUGACCAAACAGACAGUUCAUCAGCAUGGAGUCCAGAGGAGACAGAGGGAAAGCCAACAGUUCCUCAGCAACAGGACCCACCUGAGCCAAUUUCCAAAUGUGGAGACCUCUACCUCACAUUCAAUUACAAACCCUCCAACCACAAACUGGCUGUUACAAUAGUUACAGCUAAAAACAUCCCAGAUAAGGACCGCAGUGGGGCAAAUUUUUGGCAAGUUCAUACGGUCCUCUUACCGGGCAAGAAGCAGCGUUCCAAAACCAAUGUACAGCGGGGACCUAUGCCAGUCUUCAAUGAGACUUUUAGGUUUAAUAAGGUGGAGCCAGAGGACCUGCAUAAUCAUGCUCUCCGCUUUCGCCUGUACGCAGUGAGGAAGAUGAAUCGAGUGAAAAUGAUGGGGGAGAAGUUGUUUUACCUCAGGAAUCUAAACCAGGAGGGAGAAAUGGAAGUUUCACUAGUUCUAGAGCCAAGGAGUAACAUAACAAGCGGAGAUUCACAGAUCAGCCUGUCUGCCAUCUCUCACAGUGACAGUGCUUCGUCUACACAGUCGCUUUCACAUGGUGGAACACCGGAACUACUUGUUGGAUUAUCUUACAAUGCCACGACAGGAAGACUUUCUGUUGAAGUAAUCAAAGGCAGUCACUUCCGAAACUUGGCUCUGAACAGACCACCUGACACCUAUGCGAAGCUCUCUCUCCUUAACUCAGUCGGACAGGAAAUGUCUCGGUGCAAGACUUCCAUUCGGCGUGGUCAGCCCAACCCAGUUUACAAGGAGACUUUCAUCUUUCAGGUGGCUCUUUUCCAGCUCUCUGAAGUCACAUUAAUGAUCUCAAUAUACAACCGACGUAGUAUGAAGCGCAAGGAAAUGAUCGGAUGGAUCUCCAUGGGUCAAAACAGCAGUGGCAAUGAGGAGCAAAAUCACUGGCUGGAGAUGAAGGAAUCCAAAAGCCAUCAAGUUUGCAGAUGGCACACAUUACUGGAAUCAUAAACACAGUAUAGCUAAUUAAAGACAGCUUAGUGGCCUUUUAUCCAGACAUCCUGAACAUUUUCACCUGUGCAACAGGCUUCUAUUGUACUACAACAUUCAUGCCCUUCCUUAAAAUCUCAAAAUAGCGAAAUCAUUAAAGAAUAUCUUUAGUGAACAGCAAAUUGCUUAGCCAACAUAAGGAAUUCUUUCAGGGAUUUAAAAGCUAUUUACAUUAGCUCAGUGCCUGUGGAGGUGCAUUAUUGUGUCACUUUGAUAUGACAUCAACAAUGACAACAAAUCAGUAUUGAGGAUGAGCAGAUAGUACAAAGGAAUCACUGUUGCCAUAGCUAUAAAUGCAUGUCAUUUAAAUCUUUAAAUGGUCAAUACUUAUUGCAGCACUGUGCAUGCAGAAAUGAAUUGGCUUUUCAAACAUUGUCUUCGUACAGAACAGCUUUCUUCAGUCUA